AUGGCCAUGGUGGUGAAUUUAUCUGAUAUCCAUGUACGGCAGUAUACCUUAAACAAAGAUCUAUUACAGCUUCAAAGCGUACUAGUCGAUAAGCUUAGGUUAGGAAUCUUUAUUGCCGACAAUUACGAUCCAAAUGUUUAUUCUGAAAAAGGUUUUCGGUUCUAUUCCAUAAUUACAGAUCUUAUUUACUAUUCAAAUAUGGCGAGAAUGAUGUACGAAGUAUUCUCAAAAGUUGAAUUGACUCUGUCCCUCCCAUUCCAGACAGAAAAAAGAUAG